AGUAACGUUCUUUGAUUAGUGUGUGUGUGACCUCAGUUUUCUGCAGAAGUGCGGUUGAAUAAUACUGUUUUACAGUAUAAUCUCACUGUUCUCUUACGGUCAACGUUGAAAAGAUACCGGAACGUGUAAUUGUAACAAUGGGAGCUGUACAAGACUACAAGGAUUCUUUAAAGCAGAAAGCCGAGCAUCUGAUUAUCAAAGGAUUUCCAGAGAAGAUCGUAAAAUUGAAUGAACUUCUAGAAACAUCAAAUUUCCAGAAUCGCGAUUUAGCUGAUGUACAUCAGGACUUAAACAUUCCAGUGCCACCUCCUGCAUCAGCAGCGAAUGAGCCAAAUGCCAAACGUCCACGGGUGGACUCAUCAGAGGUGUCGAGCAACUCAACUCUUCAUGAGGGCACACGAGUGUAUGCCCUGCCUAAUGGUACAGUGCCAUGCAACAAGCCGCUUAGUGACCUCAUUCAUCUUGUAAAACCACACAUUAGGGAACUGGUUGAAGAUUCAAACUUGCUGAAAAUGUGGAUAUCAUUCAUGAUUCCUAAAAUUGAAGAUGGCAACAACUUCGGUGUUUCAAUACAGGAAGAUACUCUUGCCGAGAUACAGUCCGUGGAGUCGGAGGCCGCCGCCUUCUUUGACCAAAUCUCACGAUAUUUCAUUUCGCGGGCGAAGAUCGUGUCUAAGGUCGCUAAAUACCCACACAUUGAUGACUACAGGAGAGCUGUCCGAGAGCUGGACGAGAAGGAGUACCUGUCCCUAUGGCUAGUGAUGUGCGAAAUCCGUAACCGUUACUGUUCACUUCACGACAUUGUCAUCAAGAACUUGGAGAAGAUUAAAAAGCCACGUUCCUCGAAUGCAGAGUCUCUGUACUAGGCACUAUUUAAAUCUCAAGUAGUAUCUCUUUAGUCACAUGCGAUUGUAAGAAUACAUUGUGGAUCUAAGAGUAAUACUGUAACUGGCUUUCAUACCUCUUGAUUUUUACUCACUAGGCGCAUUUUGUGUAAAUAUUUGUUUGCAUACUACAUGCACAUGUCAACACAUGCUUCUAUAAAUUAUUGUUACAUACCUACAUUAACAUAACAUUCUCAAGUAGUUCUUUAUAGAUGUAUGCGAAAUGUUACAAGUGAUUAUAUCUCCUGUAUUAUUAUAUUUUAGGUGCUAAUUUGUCUAGUGAGUAAAGAUUAAUUAAUUGUGUUGUAGUCUUAUAGCAAGGUUGAGAGGCAGAAGACUCGUAUUAUAUGUGAGACUGAGUGCUGUGUCGUAAUCCAUUUCUUAUUUGUGAAUUAAUAUUGUAGUUAUUAUUGCUUGAUAAUGACAUUUUAUGAUAAUUUAAAUUUUGACUAAUGUUAAAGGGUGUGUUUCACGAUCCCUGUUUGUGUUGCUGUUAAUGUUAUUUUAGUGAAAUUAACAUCAAUUCCAUUAGGCGUGGUGAAACAGGCCCUAAUUAUAUUUUAAUGACUUCAGAGUAUACACUGACAACUUGCUAUGACACUGCAAUAUAAUUAUCUCGUCAGUUGUUCCAAAACUAUUCAUAAAUAGGAUUUAGUUAAGCUAAAAUAUUGUUACUUAAUAUGAUGACAUUCAAUAAACCCAAUGAUUUACAAUACAAUAAUGUAAUGGAGUUUAAAAAUUUCUGUUUUAAAAUAAUACAAUUAUGACAUAAGUAUUCCUGAUUGAAAUUUAUCCAAAAGUGAUGUUAUUGGCUUAUAGUCAGUUUUUUUAAUUUAAAUAAUUAUACCCAUGUCGAAAAUAAUAAUAAUGAAUACAUUUCUAUGAAUGUGUAAA